AUGGAAUUCUAUCGUCAGCAAGAGGAUUUGGAUAUUAGUGAGUGGAUACUAUUUACUGGGGUUGAUCCUCAGGCAUUUAAUCGUGACUUCCUCAACUCGGACGAUAAAACCAUCCAACGUUCUUGGAGCUCCUAUGAUAAGACUCAACAACUCCUCCUCGCUAUCAUGCCAGCCUCUUCUCCACACGAAGCUGCCAAAACAGCUUUCGAUCAUCAAUUACGCGAUGCCCUCACACCCCUCGGACUUCAUAAGUCGAUUCGAUACAUCGAAUCCACUACCCGCGUUGGCGAGAAUGGCGCAAAACGGCCAGACCACCAAUUUCUACCGAAAAGACGCCCUAAAGGCCGAACCGACGAAUGGCCAUGUCUUGUGCUUGAGGUCGGAUUUUCGGAGUCACCGUCGAAGUUAGUCAAGGAUGUUCGGUUCUGGCUCCACCAGUCGAAAGGAGAUGUGAAGACCGUGAUUACCUUAAAGAUCGAUCGUAGCACGCCUUCUAUUGUGUUCGAGAAAUGGGAAAUCGAUGAAGAUUGUGGGCGGAAGAAACGCAACCAAGUUUUGACCGUCAAAAAAGGCGAAAACAAACAUAUCCAUGUGCAGCCUCCCAACGAGCCGCUUACGAUCGAGUUUGAGAAAUUAUUCCUACGGCCACCGACUAUUCCCGGGGAAACCGACAUCCAGUUCGAUAACGAAAAGUUGAGAGAAAUAGCUGAAGAAAUCUGGUAUGAACAGGGGUUCUGA